AUGCCACGUAAGCUACGUAAGAAUAUACGUAAGAGGAAGAGAGCAUUGAAACAUCCAAUAGUAAAACUGACACCACAACAACAGUUGCAACAACAAAUGCUGAAUGACCCCACUAUGUUGCAACAAAUGUCAAGCAAUCCUAUGCUUUUAAACCGAGUUGUUGGUGCACAGAGUGGAGGUUUAAGAGCGGCACUUUUAGCGAAAAUGGCAGGCUAUGGUGGAGCUGCAGACGGAACAGCUUAUAACCCUCAAAGUCAAAUGAAUUUGAGUUCACUCAAAAAUCAAAUAACAGAUGUCAAAAAGUCAAACAUAGACAUACAGAAGCAAAUAAGUGAAAACGAAAAGAAACUAGAAUAUGACAGACACACAAAGAAACUCAAUGAGUUAAACGUAGAGAAAAAGAAGAAAGAAGAACAACUGAAAGAACUAAGUACAGAGGAAUAUGCGAAAAAAGUGUCAGAAAAAGCAGCAGAAGUAGCAAAAAUGGAACAAGAUGUCAUAAAUUUGAAAAACCAUACUACUCAAUAUAAAAUACUGAAAGAUGAAGAGAUAAAACAAAAAGCCCUGAAGACAUAUAUGGAUAGCGAUGAGUAUAAAAAAGAAGUUGAAGCAAAUGUAAAGGCAGAAAAACUUUUACAGUUGCAAAACCAAACCGUACAGUAUGAAAACUUAGCACAAGAAAGUAAAAAUAACGACGCAGCUAUGCAAAAGGCAAUGAAAAGCGCAGAAUAUAUAAAAGCUAACAAUGACUGGUUAGAUGCCCAAGCCAACGCUAAAGCAGCCCAACUCAUAGGGUCAAUAAGGACAAAAAUACAAGCGGAUGAAGACAGUUCAAAUGAAGCUUUAACAAAUGCUGACUUUAAGAACGCUUUCGAAGCUCUUCAUAGUAAGGUGAAACAAGUGAACGACUUCUCAUCUGGAAAGAAACUGAAGUCUGAAGGUUUCGACAAAGAGUUAAGAGAA